GGCGCUACGCCAGAAUGAUCCAUGUUCCUCUUUUCUGUUUUUAUUUGACUGCUGGACUCCCAGUGUCGUCUUCUCUGAGGAUUCUGGACAAGCGUCCCGACUGCAACCAACUGGGUCUUGAACACUGCAAACUUAAUAACUGCUCAGACAAACGCAUGAUCGUACCUCGAGUAAGUGCUCCUAUUGGCCCAGAAUGGGAUUCUGUGAAUGUGGGAGUCUGGAUGGACGAACCUGUUGUGAAUAUGACCUGGAGAAUAAAGGGGGAUGGAAGUGCAAUAGCCCUUGGUGGAUCAGAGAUAAAAAUUCUGGAUGAAAGCACAAAUCAAAGUAUGUGUGUGCAGUUUUCUUACAACCUCAGCCAGCAGCCUAAUCCAACGUAUAGGAAGAGUACAUUUUCCUUGGACGGAGUCGUAGUAGAGCCUCGCCAUACAUAUAUGGUGUCUGUUUUUAAUCUGCCAGAACCUGACAGUGGACCCUACAUGAAAACAAAGCAAAUUCCCAUCCCAGGAUGUGAUGACAGCAGAAUCCAAAAGGCCCGAAUGUGUCUGGAAAAUGGUAGUCUGUGGACUCCUCAUGUGACCGCGGCUGUGUCUCUUAAUGAGGAACGUAGAAAGUUUUCGAUUGUUGUCGGUUUUGAGGCAGCUCAGUAUUCAGAGAGAUACCAAGUCUCCAUCCAGAGUCAUGGUUUCCAUUGCUUAAAGAAUGUCUCAAAGGAAAACAGAGCAUCGCUGAAUGUGUCCUUUGAGUUUGAUUGGUGGCAGCUUUCACAAUGUGAAAUGCUGUUAAUGAUUCAGACAUUUUUUGUUCGAUGCAAGAAUGACUGUCGGCGCUCCGAGAAAAUAAUUGAUUUAUGUCCAUAUUAUCCACCACGAACUUUAAUUAUAAAGGCGACGGUGGGGCUGCUUGUCAUUGGAGGUUGUCUUGCUUAUAUACUGUGGAGAGACUGUCAGAAAGAUCCUGUGAACACGUCCUCAUCUGCUGCCAAACAGCAACCAGAAGGUUUCAAAGUGCAGGACAGAAAAAGAGUCCUCAUCAUCUACUCCCUCGACCACCCUUUAUACAAAACCAUUGUCCUCAAGCUCUGUGCCUUUCUGGCAUCCAAAUGUGGUACUGAAGUGGUCCUGGAUCUGCUGGACUCUACAAGACUGGGAGUGCUGGGAAGCAUCCAGUGGUUGGACUUGCACAGAGACCAAAUAGAAAGCUCUUCAGAUAAGAUACUGAUCCUGUGCUCACAAGGAGUACAAGCGAAAUGGAGAGCCAUGUGUGGUGACAAACAGGUUUUCCUGAGAGAGGACGCCUGCUCACCUGUAGGGGACAUGCUCAGUCCGGCCCUCAGCCUCAUGGUCCCCCAUUUUGUCCGAUCUGCAUCAUUUAAAAAAUACAUAGUGGCUUACUUUGAUGAGGUUUGCUGUGAAGAAGAUGUUCCUUCACCUUUCAACAUUACAGUGCGAUACAAGCUGAUGAAACAGUUUGAGGAGCUCUUUUUCAGAAUCCUGGACACUGAGAAGCACGAGCCCGGCAGAGUGAAUCUCAUUGAGGGGCUUUCAGAGGAAGAGUACUAUCUCUGUCCCUCAGGUAGAGCCCUGCGGGAUGCCAUAGAGGCUUUUCAUGCAUACCAGCUGGAGCAUCCACAGUGGUUUGAAGAGGAAUUACUGGGAAGCUCAAAGACCUCAGUUGAGAUCCACGACGAUGCAAAAACAACCAUAAACCUCAUCACGUAUUGCGUACCCGACUCAACCCAAGUCACCAGUCAUGUUAAGACAGAAGAAAGGGAUUUCACUGGAGACAAAACAGGACUUUACGUCACUGAAGAGUUUCAAAUGUGCACCUCAGUUGAGUUCCACUCUCUGAUUCGGGAGAACAUGCAGCCAGUUUGAUAUAAUUGCGUCAGUGUUUGGAGACAUCAAUGAAGAUCUUCUCCACUGUUCGGUGAAGUUAUCGAAAGCAGGCCAUCAGUUAUUCAAUUUGAUGU